GUCCUUUAGUGCAUUACCACCCGUCGGACAAACACGUUUCUGAUUCUCUAAAAUAACACAAAGUUGUAAUAAAGUGGUUAAAGAUGAAAGUGCUAGCUUUGGUGGUGUGUCUCGUGGUCAAUGGGGUGGUAGCCAAAGUGGUGGAUAAGAGGAAAUGCCCCGAAGUUAGGGCAGUACCACACUUUGAUUUAAACCAGAUGCUCGGCGACUGGUAUGUGGUUGAAUACUAUGCGAGUGCAGAGGAGGCUCUCUCUUACAGCUGCAUGAGGGCAGUCUUCACCCAGGAUGACCACGUGCCAGCUGCAGACGGCACCGUGGAGUGGACGCCAGGGGUGACAAUGAACUUCACGUAUCGCUUCGCUGAUGACCCCUUAGGGGAGAAUCUGCUUGGAAACAUCACGUGGAGGGUGGAUCUUAACGAACCGGCGCAUUGGACCCAUGCAGAAUCCACUUAUGAUGGCAUCUACAACACAUACGUCCUAGACACAGAGUACAAGACAUGGGCCCUUCUGUUACAUUGUGCAGAGCAGAGAGAAGGUGCAAGGUAUCUCAGUGCCUUCGUGCUAUCCAGAAAGACAGCCUUGCCAAAGAACGUCAUGGCCUACCUGAGAGACAAGUUGCCAAGAUACGACGUCGACGUCAAAUACGUGUUCCCUAUUCCCCAUGAGGACUGCUCGUCCAAGCCAGCCAGGUCUGACUACACACCGAUCCUGGUGGAAGCCGGCAGCAAGGUCCCGAGAAAACCAGGCAUCACCUACAACGUUGCUUUUGGUCAUUAGAAGACCCUAAGACUGCACGAGAUGGGUGUUUACAUACAUGGAAUUAGGGACGAGUAAUUAUGUAAAAUUAAAGUAUAAAAGAUAUCGGAAUACAUACGUACUUAUUACCUGCAUAGUUUAUUUGGUAAUAAUCAUACAUUUACAAAACCUCACUAAGAAGUACUUAUUUGUUGAUAGUAGUAAGAAAGCGAAAACGUUAUACGCUGUAUUGUUUGUGUCCUUAAUUUUUUAGUUUUGAAAACUUUGGUAUCAGGGAUUAGAUAAUCUCAAACGAAAAAAUCUGUCAUGUUAAUAUAGGUAGGUACAUAGAAUAACUAAUAAAGAGUAAAAGCAAGGUUAUUCUGCUAAAAUGUAUAUUGUAUACCCACCCCGAGGCUACUAUUGUUUUCAGCGGUGCAUUCCUGGUAUAGUCCAAACAAA